AUGUUAACUUAUUUCGAUGAAACCAUUUCGCAAAUGGAAUCUAUUAGAUUCCUUAAUCGUAAUUUAAAACUUAUUAACGAACUCACAUCGAAAACUCAUUUCACGAGGGAAGAAGUACAGAAUUUAUGUAUAAUUCAUUACAAAUUAACGAAAGAAGGAGGGCCAUUAAAUUACCGGAAAUUUAGAGAAGUUGCUCACAGGUUGUUUGACAUUUCAGGAGCGGAGCUUUAUGAUAAAAUUUACAAUAGAUUCGAUCCGAAUCGAGCAAUGCAUGUUAAUUUGGAAAAUUGGGUCCUGGGUUUAUCCAUAUUAUUAAGAGGAAGUUUAAGGGAAAAAAUUAAUUAUUGCUGGAAGGUUUAUGAUCUCUAUGGAACGGGUUACGUCACAAGAGAGCUCAUGUUUCAGUACAUGAAAAAUUCCAUAAUUAAAACGUCAGCCGGAGAAGAUGCAAAUGAAGUUGUCAAGGAUUUGGUUGACGUUAUAUUAAAAAAAAUGGAUAUAGAUCGUGACGGUAAACUUUCGUAUACGGAUUAUAAAACGAGCGUUUUAAGAAAUCCAAUGCUUUUGGAAUCUUUGGGCCCCGUUUUACCACCCAGACCCUUUGUUUUGGCAUUCCUUACGACAUUUACGACAAACUACGACAAAGCAUGA